AUGGAUGGAUCCAUGCUCCGCGCGCCCGGAUCUUCCUCCUGCCGUCCAAGUCCGCCGCCCCGUGCCCAUGUCACCACUGCCGUUGACCUGCUCUGUCCGGUGACCUCCGAGCAGCACCACCCGUCGGGUCUGCUCGAGCUUGCCGCCCCUGCACUUCAAGUCCCUCCCGCGUCACCGGAGCCCCGCGGCCAAGCCCCGACGACCCCUCCUGGACCUGCUGCUGCCGCCAAGUUCGCCUGCCGCGGCCUCUGCUUCCCCUGCUUCGAGCAGCAGUUCGGGAUCGAGCGCGCCCGCACGCCCGCGUUGACCUCUCCCCUCGCCAAGCCGCCGAGCCGCCCGAGCACCUCCUCCAGUUCGUCGCCUCGGUCGCCGCCUUGCCAAGCUUCGCUCGCUGCCGGCCAUCGCUGGGAGACGCCAGCGCCCAGUCCCCCAGUCUGCUUCCUCCGCAUCGAGUGA